UUCGGUGCAACUCGUCAACGCGUCCACACAAUCCAAUCGCCCUUUUUUGCAGCGACAUUCCCGGCUCGAAGAUGGUGUCACCAAGGAAGAAGCACGAAACGAUCGUCCUGUUGCUCCAAGGAGCGCUGGUAGUGUCGACGUUCAUCGGCACCAGUAUGGCCGCCAGUGUGAUCCUGCGUGAUUCUGACCUGGCCGAGAACGAACUGGGCGAGAACUCGGACCCGAGGAUCGAUCUGUCACACCUCGGACCGGAACUGUACGGUGAACCGGACGAAUCGGUUGGCAAGCUGGUCGAUGCGUUCGAUCCCUCUGCGGCCGGCGGUAACGUGGAGGAGCUCGGUACGUACCUCGAGGGUGACAUGCUGAUCGAUCGCCCGGCCGGACGUAAUGGGCUGGCCAGCACCGCCACCCGCUGGCCAAACGGUGUCGUACCGUUCGUGAUCGGCGGAAACUUUGAUGCGAAAGGUAUGCAGCUGAUCGAGGAAGCCAUCAAUGAGUAUCACGCGAAGACGUGCAUCCGGUUCGUACCACGGAUGGCCGAAACGGAUUACGUAUCGUUCGAGAGUUCCAGCAGCGGGUGUUGGUCGAGUGUCGGACGGAUCGGGGGUAAGCAGGCGGUCAACCUGCAGAUACCGGGCUGUACGACGCUCGUCGGUACCAUCAUCCACGAGAUGAUGCACGCGCUCGGGUUUCUGCACGAACAGAACCGCGAGGAUCGCGAUAGCUGGGUAACGAUCCGUACCCAGAACAUCAAACCCGGUACGGCCAACAACUUCGACAAGGCAAAGCAAGGUACGACCAACAGCUUCGGUGUCGAGUACGAUUACGGCAGCAUCAUGCACUACUCGGCCAAUGCUUUCUCCUCCAACGGGCAGCCAACGAUCGUAGCUAAGCAAUCGCUCGGUACGGCCAAGAUGGGCCAGCGGGAUGGAUUCUCGUGGAACGAUCUGGAGAAGCUGAACCGAAUGUACAAUUGCAAGGGAAGCUCCGGCGCUGCCUCCGGUGGACAGCCAAACCUAAAGCCACCGGGCUUCGUCGGUGCCCUGUUGCCCGGUGCCAACAACGGUGGAAUGAUUGGUGCGGGCUAUCCGAUUGGACAGCCUUACUAUCCACAGCCUGGUGCCGGACCGUACUAUCCCUAUCCGGCACCGUACCCGUACCCAGGACCGUACUAUCCAGCCUAUCGACCGAAUCCGGGUUAUCCGUACGGACCCGGUUACCCGUACGAUGAGGUGGAACCGCAUCAGCAGCAGGAGAUCGCAGAACCGCAGCCGCCAGCCAAAGAGGAACCAACAACUAACGACAAAUGAUGUGAACGAGGAACGUGAAUUUAGAAUAAAGUAAUCCGAUCCGAUCCGA